AUGCCUUCUCUCAUCUCACAACAAUGGCAGGAGAGGACUAGUGGGUUCUUUUCUUCAUCAGGAACGAAGCUUAGAGAAGCGAGUCAAUCAGCUGGUAGUUUUGUCGGUGAGGUCGCUAAAGAUGCGAAAGUGAACGUUGCAGAUGUUGCAGAGAGAGUUGGCUCCUUGUUUAAAAGCCGGUGGGCGAUUCUUCAGCAGCCUGCAACUAGACACGCCGUGCAAGAACACUUCAUAACAGCUGCUGCCACAACCGGGACAUUGGUCAGGAAGGGUAUAACAGAGACUAAAGAAAAAGUUUCCGUUGGAAAGACCAAAAUGGAAGAGGCGGCAAAAAAGACUGCACAAAAGAGCAAAACCCUUUUGACUGACAUUGAAAGGUGGCAGAAGGGAGUUGCCAGCUCAGAUGUGUUUGGUGUUGCGAUUGAGAUCACUGUCCAGCGGCAGGAAUCAAGUAGGCCUAUUCCAUUCAUACUGAUUAAAUGCGCAGAUUAUCUCAUAUUAACAGGUCUUAAUUCACCAAGCUUGUUCAAAGCCGAAGGAGACAAAAAGUUGAUUCACCAAUUGGUUUCUGCUUGCAAUCAAGAUCCAAGCGCGUCAAUACCUGAGGGUGUGAAUCCAGUUGAUGUCGCUGCACUCAUGAAAUACUAUCUUGCUAGCCUUCCGACUCCACUUACUACUUUUGAGCUUUACAACGAGAUCAAAGAUGCAAGAUCGAGCGUAAACAGAAUGAGAAAGUCACUCCAGAAGCUUUCCAAUGUGAACUAUAAUACGUUGGAGUUCGUAACAGCGCUAUUGCUUCGUGUGAGCCAGAAAUCUCUACUUAACAAGAUGGAUUCACAUAGCCUAGCGAUGGUAAUGGCUCCGGUGAUCAUGUGGCGAGAAGACAAGAGGCCUGAAUCUUACAGGGAAUAUUGGAGACGCCCGUCGAGGAGUCCUAAGAGAAGCAACGACUUUGAAAAUGCUUCUCCAUGGGACUUGCUCUCAGAGGAAGGAGAAGGUUUAGAUGGAUCUUCAUCGAUUUCUCUAGAUGAUGUCGUUCAAGUUGAUUUUGGUGCGGUGGAGGUUGUGCAGUGCCUUGUUGAACAUCACAAUGCCAUUUUCACGGAUGCUGACGAAACUAGUGGAAAUAAUGGCGAGAACGAGGAUCUGCCAGAGAAACUGAUUGGGGAGAAGAUACUGACGAGGGUUCCAAUAACGUCGUUGAGAGAAGUGCGAUCGACCUGCAAAUUGUGGGACGCUUUAACCAAAAGGUGGAUUUUGGGUUCCAAAGCGACGACAUCAACAGAGCAGUUUUUAGGGUUCAUGACAAUGAAUUCCAAGGUUUGUUCCCUGAGGUUCCAGCUCAAGCACAAGGACGAGGUUGAUCUGUCUAUAAACCAGUUGGAUUUGCUUAACCAAGUCGAGAUAUCUCAAAUCUUUCACAUCCGUGGCUUAUUGUUAUGCGUCGCUAAGGUCAACGUGGAGGUCAACUUGCAGGACAACAAGUUUGAGGACUUGGAGGACAAGGUGGAGCUCUUUGUGUCGAACCCUUAUUUGUCUCAAACAAGGUGCGUCAGGCCCAGAACAAAAUUCAACAUUGGGGACAAGUACGCUCUCGGAUAUGACUCGAACCAUAACCACAAAAUCUUGAGGUUUAGGGAUCGCUACACUGGUGAACCAGAAGAGUACGAGAUCUACGAGGUCAGCUCUGAUUCAUGGAGGGUCCUCAAUGUCAAUCCCUACUGGGAAAUACCACCUUAUCGCCUCGGAGCGUCUGUGAAGGGAAACGCCUACUUUUAUGCUCUGGAGAGAUCAGGUGAGGAUGUAGAUCAAGGGAGUGUGAUAGAGGAGGCUGACGAGUUCUUGCUCUGUUUCGAUUUCACAAGAGAGGAAUUUGGACCUCGUCUGCCUCUUCCGUUUCACACUGUUGGCGACGAGUGUGUGACCCUGUCAUGCGUUGGAGAUGAGCAGCUUGCGGUGCUGUAUUACAAGGAGGGUGUGAGCGAUGAUUCAUGUGGCAGAGUUGAGAUUUGGGUUACCACUAGGGUUGAGCCCGGGUUUGUGUCGUGGAGCAGGUUUCUGAGAGUUGAUAUGAGACCGUUUGCACUCACCGGUGUUAAGUUUGACGCGGAGGAUGGUGGGAGCUUCUUCAUUGACGAGCAAGAGAAAGCCGCUGUGGUGUUUGAUCUUGAUGGAUAUCUACCCGCGAAGGCCCCUCGUUACCACACGGCUUUUGUCAUCAAAGAAGACGGACUCUUUGAAUCUGUGCGUCUCGGAGCAGCUCCCACUCUCGGAAAACGUUGCCCCAAAACCGGGUAUCAUCCGCAGAUUCAUGUCCCCGCACUUGUUUGCUCUCCUUCUUAUCGUCCCAGUUUCGUGCAAGUCAAGCAACCGCCGCGCAAAAGGAAAACAAGUCAGGUUUAG